UUAUGAAUGGUUAUAAAUCUGAAAGAGCCCUCUCCAGCUCUCACCAAAGUUUGUGACACCGACUCGCUGUCCACCAAUAUAUGCUCCUAUUUUUACAAGCAGCUUCCAUCACAUUGAAGUAUUGAAUGCGGAUGGUUAAAAUAAUGUGCAGAAAAAAUGCGAAACAAAUCCCUGACAACCCAUUGUUACACCACAUUGUCAUCAAACAUAUUAAGAUCCUUUCCCUCCAAACAACCAUUCAAAUUCACCACACAUGACUUGGCCAAACUUUUACAAGAAUCUCCACAAGGCGACCCAUUUAUGCAUUACAAAAAAACCCAUUCCCAACUUAUCGUGUCUGGCUAUGCUUCUGAUACUUAUCUCACCAACAUGCUUAUUAGCAUGUAUUCAAAUUGUGGUUGUUUGGAUAGUGCUCGUAAGGUGUUUGACAAAAUGUCUGGGAGAAACUUGAUUACUUGGUCCUCAGUGAUUUCUAUGUAUUCUAGACGUGGGUAUAGUGAGGAAGCUAUUAGGGUGUUUAUGGAGUUUAGGAGAAGUUGUAAUGAGAACCCAAAUGAGUAUAUUUUAGCAAGUGUCUUACGAGCUUGUACGCAGUUGAAUGGAGGGGAAUUUGUGGGUCAGUUGCAUUGUUUUGCUGUCAAGAGUGGUUAUGAUAAAGAUGUUUAUGUGGGGACUAGUUUGAUUGAUUUUUAUUCGAAGAAUGUGGGUGUUGAGGUGGCAAGAUUGGUUUUUGAUGAGUUGGUGAUUAAGAGUGCAGUUACUUGGACUACUAUUAUUACGGGGUAUGUGAAAAGUGGGUGCAGUGAUGUUUCGUUAAAGUUGUUUAGUCAGAUGAAGGAAACUGAUAUUGUUCCUGAUCGAUAUGUCAUCUCGAGUGUUUUGAGUGCUUGUGUUGUGUUAGGGUUUCUUGAAGGUGGAAAACAGACUCAUGGUUAUGUGUUGAGGAGGGGGACGGAGAUGGAUGUUUCCGUGAGUAAUGUGCUUAUAGAUCUUUAUGUCAAGUUUGGGAAAAUUAGAACAGGGCGUAAAUUAUUUGAUCAUAUGGUUAUCAAGAAUGUCAUUACAUGGACCACAAUGAUUUCUGGAUAUAUGCAGAAUUCUUUAAAUUGGGAGGCAAUAAAACUGUUUACAAAAAUGAGCAAAUUAGGUUGGAAGCCUGAUGGUUAUGCUUGCACUAGUGUUCUGACUUCUUGUGCUUCGCUAGAAGCUCUUGAACAAGGCAGGCAGGUCCACGCAUAUACUGUUAAGUACAAUCUUGAUGCAGAUGAGUUUGUGGUAAACAGUCUAAUAGAUAUGUACUCUAAAUGUGACUCACUAACUGAUGCAAGAAAGGCUUUUAGCAGUAUGGUCAAGUACGAUGUGAUAUCUUACAAUGCAAUUAUUGAGGGUUAUUCGAGACAGAAAAAUCUUUCCGAAGCACUGCGUCUUUUCCAUGAAAUGAGGGUUAGAAUAAUGCAUCCAAGUCUUUUAACAUUUGUCAGCCUUCUUGGUCUAUCAACUUCACUACUUGCUCUUGGACUGAGUAUGCAAAUUCAUGGUCUUAUUAUAAAAUAUGGGGUCUCUUUGGAAUUAUAUGCUGGUAGUGCCCUUGUAGAUGUUUAUGCAAAGUGCUCGUAUGUGAAAGAUGCAAGGCUUGUUUUUGAGGAGAUGAAUGAAAAAGAUAUUGUAGUAUGGAACGCCAUGCUGUUUGGAUAUGCACAACAAUCAGAAAGUGAGGAUGCUCUCAGGCUUUUCUUAAAAUUACAGCACACAAGGCACAGGUCAAAUGAGUUUACGUUUGUCGCAGUUAUCACAGCUGCCAGUAAUCAGGCUAGUCUCCCACAUGGGCAGCAGUUUCACAACCUGCUCCAAAAAUCAGGUUUAGAAUUUGAUCCUUUUGUUAAUAAUGCAUUAGUGGAUAUGUAUGCGAAGUGUGGAUGUUUAGAAGAUGCACGAAAGAUAUUCAAUUCUGCAAUCUGGAGAGAUGUGGUCUGUUGGAAUUCAAUGAUUUCAACAUAUGCCCAACAUGGAGAAGCCAUAGAAGCUCUUAAAAUGUUUGACGAAAUGAUAUAUGAAAGAAUUCAACCUAACUAUGUCACCUUUGUAGGUGUGCUUUCAGCAUGUGGACAUGUAGGGCUUGUAGAGGAUGGUUUCCACCAUUUUAAUUCAAUGUCUAGGUUUGGAAUUGAGCCAGGGACAGACCAUUAUGCUUGCAUGGUUUCUCUCUUGGGAAAAGCUGGUAAGCUGUCUGAAGCAAAGGACUUCAUUGAGAAAAUGCCAAUACAGCCUGCAGCUAUAGUAUGGAGGACCUUGCUCAGUGCCUGUAGAACUACUAAUGAUGCUGAGGUAGGCAAGUACGCUGCAGAAAUGGCAAUUUCAAUUGAACCAGAAGACAGUGGAUCUUAUGUAUUACUUUCAAAUAUAUUUGCAUCAAAAGGUAUGUGGGCAGAUGUUAAAAGUGUAAGGGAGAAAAUGGACUGCAAUGGGGUGGUGAAAGAAGCUGGAUGUAGUUGGCUUGAAAUGAAUAAUAAGGUGCAUGUUUUCACCGCACGAGACAAGAGUCACCCAGAGUCCACUUUAAUAUAUCUAUUAAUGGACAAUCUGAUAUAUCAUAUUAAAGGUUUAGACUAUGUUUCAGACACAGCUACAGUGAUGAACGAGUGAGAGUAUAGAAUAGGGGAGCUUACAAUUGGAACACAAGUUCUACAUUACAAAUACCUGUAUCCCCGUGAAUCUGUAUAGCCCUACACAGCUCAUAUUUAACCUGUACUUUUCCUGACAGAAAGGACAGUACAUCACAAAUAGAAAGCAGUAUUUUAACCCAGUUCUGCUAAAUGUUUAUGCAAUACAAUGCAGCAUUUGCAAUUUGCUCAUGAACAGCUAUAGAAGGAUCAACACAUUUUCUGCUUCCUCAGAUUCUGAUCAAAGGGGUUGAAGAUGGGUACAAAAUUAUGAAUAUAUGAAACUGCGAAAGCCAAGUGUUAAAAUGUGUCGAGAAGCGUAGUGGAUUGCAGUUAUUUUACCUGGGUCCCAAGGUAGUUCAGUUAAACAUUUAUAUAAUUAUAAUUCAAAUCCCAACAUGUCCACUUUUAUACCAUGCCAUGUUGCUCAUAACUGAUAUUGGAUAUAUGGAUUGAGCUGUUACUGUCAAAUUUUUGUUACACUCAUCUAUGUGCAAUGACAUAGUGCAUUGGUUUGGGGAUCAAGUGCAAAGCACACUACAAAGAGUGAGCAAGGUAAUGGAGAUGUUAGAAGUAUUAGAAACAUGAACUUGAAGAUGAAGACGUGGACAUCAUAAAAAAGGUAUGAUGUUACGAGUUAGAAUGCACAUCUCAAAAUGUACGUGACAGACCUGGUCCAUUUGGUUUGCUCUCAUAUCUAAUUGACAUGAAACUCAUGCCCAAGAUUCGAUGAGAUUACAAUAUAACUUGUUUUUAAGCAGUUUGAUUCAAGCUUUAUAUUGGUUUUCCAUAUCUUUUCUAGUUGAAAAAUGUGGGAUAUAUCUUCUAUGGGAUCAAGUUAGUUCAGACAGUAGACCCGACAAUUUGAAGAAUCAAAGCAUGUCUAAACUUUGUUAUGCUAUUGCGUGUGAAGUGAAGAGUUGUCUUGUAUACCAAAUGUCAGGGGGUACUGAAUCUGUAUGAUGAUAACAAACAACAAAUGAGUGGGUAUAUGUUUGAAUAAUUCCUAGAUUUUCGUUACAAGUCAAUCUGAAGGUAUUUCUAAUGAGGGGUCAGGUUCAAUUGUGAAUGGGAGAACUGUGAGAACCAAAUGUUCUGCACUUCAGUGAUAAAAAAAAAAAAAUUUAAUUGCAGAACAUUUGGUUCUCCUGUAUUUAAGUUGAGCAACACCCUGCAUAUAGAUGUAGAUUUUAUUAACUUUUUUCUAAAUAGUAUGGCGUAUAUGAGAUGUUAAGUGUAUAAUGCUAUAGUUUAUCCAUUCAUAUGUAUAUUUCUAUAACGAGUGUGGGUAUAUCUUUGUUGCUUGGGUAUUGCAGGAGGACCUGCAGGCUGCAGCAGGUAUUGCAGUAGGACCUGCAGAAUGGUUUUAAUGGCAAAUAAUGCAUUUGUAUAUCAUGUAUUUACCGUCUUUAAUUCUUUCCAUACAGGAUAGAUCAAAAUACUCCCCACAACCAAACAUAGUGCUUCCUAGUUAAACUGUAUAACAGGAGACCUCAGAUGCUGAAAGAUGUUCUUAGCGUAGUUUAUGGUUUGCAUAAAUACAAAAAUCAGGAGUCUGAAUUUGAAACAGAUCAUAAAUCAUAUAAGCCAGAUCCCACUUGUGUAUAUUUUGGCCCAUGGUGGCGCUGGUUGUCACAAUGUCACAUGCCUGUGGCUAGUGAUAUUAGGAAUUAGGAGCAAGUAGUGUUGUGUUAAAAUUUAAUAAUUUGCCUCAUUUAUAGGUGUAAAAUUAUCUAGGUGGAGAUCAGGGCUGAGUUGAAACGGACCAAAUCAAACUGACCGAGAAUUGAAAAGUCAAUUUUUUUUAAUUGGUUUUAUAUAUUAAGUUUAAUUGACGUUUACCAGUGUAAAUUAUAAUAUUAGUGAUCAUUUUUUAUGAAAAAUAAUGUGUUAUGAUAGUGUUAUAUGUUAUUUUUCUUUUAAAGUGAUAUUUGUGUCGUGUAAUUCCAUAUGUGUGUGGGUUUGAAAGGGUUUGGCAGGACUGAUUCCUCUAUUUCGGAUUAAAAUCUUAUAAUGAAAUGUCAGCUUUAUCCAUCUGAUAUUUACCCUUUUAUAAUUGUAUUAUGAUAUAAGGAUUAUUCGAUAUACAACCCAUACAUUAAGGACUAAAAGCUAGGAGUAAAAAAUUGAGGAUCAGUGAAUACCCUCUCAUAAACUUGACGUGCUAAAAGAUGUUUAAUCAUCUAUCUUUAAUUUUAUAUUAUAAGUGAUUUUUGAUGUAUUAGUUAAAAAGUUUUAAUGUAUAUAUAAGUGGUUUGAGGUAAUUUUUGUUGAAUCAGUUGGACUUGCCCUCCUAUGAGAAGGGGAGAUGUUUUGACAAAUAGACACAAUGAAGGGUUGUGUUGCUUGGUUAAUGAAUUGAUUACAAAAUAAUAAGAAUACUACUAGUGUGCUCAAAGCUCACAGGCAAAAAAUAGUGUUCAGGUAGUAGAUAAGAAAUACGGGGACUUGUGCCAAGGCAUGGCAAAAAACACAGUAUAAAUACAUGUAAAACGGGUGAAGCAUGUUAUUCUUCUAAUGUCACCAAGAUCUGCUAUGUAAUCAUGUGAUUAUAAACUUCAUUGAGAAAUAAAAGGGCUUCUCCAAACAUAUAUAGUGCCAAACAUUUAUCAUUUACUCUUUAUAAUUUUGUGGAGAUGUCCUUUCAAAGCUAGUGUGCUUAAGACAGCAGAAGGUGCAAUAUUAAAAUCUGGAGACAACAGGUGUAAUAUCAUAUAUAUCUGCUUAAAGUAGCUAGUAAGAUAUCAGUUCCUAUAUAUAUAUGUGAGUUCAUAUAUCUGCAUUUGGCAACUUACACAGCUCAAGAUGA